UAUGAAUUUACUAACUAUGAUGAAAUUUAAGGUAUAAUUAUUUGUUAUUUUUUAUAAUUGAACUGUAAAUUAACUGUAUUCUAAAUGUUUCUUUUCCAAAUUCUCUGUGUAUUUUCAAGUUUCAAAAUCAUUGAGAAUGUCGCGAAACAUUCGCAAACAACCGAUAAAAAUAACCAGUCGUAUGAAAUCGACAAUGAAGUAAUAAACGAGGACGAAGUUAAUGAAAAUUCGCUAGAAAAUGAUGGCGAUAGAAAACUGAAAAUGUACGCGGAACUUCAAUCCGCAUUGCGAAAUAUGAACGCAGCCCAAAAGUUCUUGUUUGAAGAUGCGCUCAACAAGUACAUUGCUGGAAAUAUAACUGAAGAUGAAAUUAUCGACUUAUUGCCUAACAUUCUACUAAUCGAUGAAGAAACAAAAAAUAUCUUUACGCAACACGAAAAAGAUAAAUACAAAUCUAAAACUUGCUCUUAUAGAAAUGAUAGCAAUUUUAUCGGAACUGAAGACCCUGAAUGCAGUAAAGACGUUGCUAUAUAUCUUAAAGCAAACAUGCAGAAACACGGUUCUGUGUAUACUAAAUAUUAUUACAAACCUCGCAAUACUCCUAAACCUAGGCUUGGUGAAUACAGACUCGGUGAAAUAGAAAAUGAAAUAGAAACCACUUCAACAAUAAAGACAACUACAAUACCAUUUAUAAUUGAUUUAAUUAAAUCAUUUAAAAAUCAGAAAAUGUCAAAAACAACGAAAACCUAUUUAUACGAUUACAUACCUUCUGAGGUGACAGACGAUGUUAUAGACGAAACUUCUACUGAAGAAGUUAUACAAAACAAGACAGAAGACAAAAGACCUGUCAUUGAUAUACUGACACUUUUGACUUUGCUAGAUAAUUUGACUAAGGACACAGCACAGACUAUACGAAGAUCUGGGUGGAGCAGCCCACAGCCGUCAGCGCCUCUCUGCCCUUAUACUAUCAGUUUCGGCACAUCCCCGAGAUAUAAAUACUAUUAUCCAUAUUUUGAACGAAACCGCACCGGGACUCUUGUUAAUAUGUGUUACGUGUGCGGACUGGAAGAAGUUCAGAUACCCAGGAGCUCCCUUUGUGAAGACGCCUUCGAUCAAGAUGACUGGACAUAUAAGAAGUAUUCCUACAAAUUUAUCAAAUACUGUCGCUACGAUGAGUAUACUAACAAUUAUUGCGUCCACACUCGAGAUAAGCGAUCGAUUUGGGGUCGCUGGACUGGCGGCUGCUCGGUGCGCAGGAUAGACGUCAGUGGCGUAUAUACGCAGCGCACCUGCAGAAACCGGGAGUGGCCUACCAGGGGGCACCACUUUGCCAGCCACAGAAUGGCCAGGCUCGAAUUUGUGCUCAAUGGCGUUAAAGACGGGUGUACAAUAAGUCCGGGUGCAUCUCUGGUGCCACUUUCAAGAGGAGUCUCUUUGUACGCUCGCUUCAUUGCCUGCGUGUGUAAGGAGUCUUUGUGCAAUGCUGGCGUCUCAUACAUGUUGCUUUCAUACGUACGGUUAUUUGCUCAUAGCUUGGCUCCUUUGAUACUUUUAGCCACGUAG